GCUGAAAUGAGCAUUCGUGUCAGUGUGUUUUGUCUCCCAGCUCAAUCUCUCCUAUUUUCCCCUUCCUUAUUUGAUUACAGGCAACAUACUGGACAGUAUGCUGCUGAGAGCAUCCAGUAAGGAGGCAGUGGAGAGUGGGAAGGAAACGUUUGGCAGCACGGCUCCCGCUUCAUCCUCCCAGAGAUUCCUGUGGUGUCACUGUUACCACCACUGCCCAGAAGACUCAACCAAUAACACAUGCAGAACCGAUGGCUACUGUUUUACAAUGGUCGAGGAGGAAGGAGGUGUGUCCAUCCAGACUGCAGGUUGCCUCGGGCUGGCUGGGUCAGAGUUUCAGUGUAGGGAUACGGGCAUCUCACGUCACAGAAGAUCUCUAGAGUGCUGCACAGAUGAAGAUUACUGUAACAAAUACCUGCAUCCCACCCUGCCACCGCUCAAUCCACCCCUCUAUGUCGAUGGGAAGAUCCACCAUAUGGCAUUAUUGAUUUCCGUCACCGUGUGCAGUAUUAUAUUGGCUGCCAUUAUCGUCUUCUGCUACUUCAGGUACAAGAGACAAGAGUCCCGACCUCGGUACAGCAUCAGUCUUGAGCAGGAUGAGACUUACAUUCCUCCCGGAGAAUCCCUGAAGGAUCUGAUAGAACAAUCCCAAAGUUCUGGUUCAGGCUCAGGGCUCCCCCUGUUGGUCCAGAGAACAAUAGCCAAGCAGAUUCAAAUGGUGAAGCAGAUAGGCAAGGGGAGGUAUGGAGAGGUGUGGAUGGGCAGGUGGAGGGGAGAAAAAGUGGCUGUCAAAGUUUUUUUCACCACCGAGGAGGCGAGUUGGUUCAGAGAGACUGAAAUCUACCAAACUGUGUUAAUGAGACAUGAAAACAUUCUCGGAUUCAUCGCUGCAGAUAUCAAAGGAACUGGCUCUUGGACCCAGCUCUAUCUUAUCACUGACUACCAUGAAAACGGAUCUCUGUAUGACUACCUCAAGUCAACCACUCUGGACAAUAAGGCCAUGCUGCGCUUGGCCUACUCAUCCGUGUCAGGGCUCUGUCACCUCCACACGGAGAUCUUUGGCACUCAGGGCAAACCUGCUAUUGCUCACAGGGAUCUGAAGAGUAAGAACAUACUGGUUAAAAGAAAUGGCACCUGCUGUAUAGCCGAUUUGGGACUGGCUGUAAAGUUCAUCAGUGAUACAAAUGAGGUUGAUAUCCCUCCCAACACUCGAGUCGGUACAAAGCGCUACAUGCCCCCAGAGGUUCUGGAUGAGACGCUGAACCGGAGCCACUUUCAGUCAUACAUCAUGGCCGACAUGUACAGCUUUGGACUCAUCCUCUGGGAGAUCGCUCGACGUUGUGUCUCAGGAGGAAUCCUUGAAGAGUACCAGUUACCAUAUCACGAGUUAGUUCCCACAGACCCCUCUUAUGAAGACAUGAGGGAGGUAGUAUGCAUUAAGAAACUUCGACCAUCCUUCCCAAAUCGAUGGACCAGUGAUGAGUGUUUGAGACAGAUGGGGAAGCUGAUGACAGAAUGCUGGGCCCACAACCCAGCCUGCCGCCUCACAGCUCUACGGGUCAAAAAGACACUUGCCAAAAUGUCAGAAUCACAGGAUAUCAAGCUGUGAGUUGGCACUGCCCAGCUGUGCAUAGAAAGUGCACUGAUCACACUGGCUCUGGUCCAGGCCACAUUAGCCUUCAUUUCUGGGAAAAAAAGGAGAGGCAUCUAAGGAGAUCAUCUGAUCCCUAACUGAAUCCAAAUGCCCAGAACUCUGCAACCCAAGUCCUGUUGAAAGCAGUCAUUGCCCCAGUUUGGUUCAUCAAAGAGGAUAGAAGGAACAUCAUUUCAAAUUAGUUUCAAGGCUCUAAAACCAGGCCUAGGUCCCUGUUUAAAUGCUCCAAAUUGGCUGGAAGAAGAUGAUGAGUUUGACAUGAGGUUGUAGCUGCAGAGAUAGUCAAACAGGCUACUGACCAGUAAGUGGAAUACUUUAUUUGUGCUUUCUGUGAAAGCUAUCCUACCUGUAGAUGAAGGUCUGCUUGAUAGAAGUGAAGGGAUGUGCUUUAAAGCAACCUUUCUAAACACUUAUCACCCCACUACUGGCUUUAUAUUGUUAUUGAACACAUUUUUGUCACUCUUAAAUGGACUGCUUUUUUCUUUUUUUGGUUGCAAAGAUUGACACUAUGUGACAGAAGUAUUUUGAGGCUUUACUGUUAUAUAUUUUUUCUGGUGAUAAAGUUUGUAGACACUGAAGAGAUGCUAAAUUUGUAUGUGAGUUGUGAUAGGCUAAUUAAAGUUGCAAAAGUGUGUUUUACAUGUAAAACUCAAUCUCUAUAAUAAGUCUAUAUGUGCAAAAAUAAAGGUUAUAUGUUCAAGUGUAUUCACCAUGAAGGGUCUGAUGGUAUAUGUGUUUCUUUUCUCAAUAAAACUCUGACACAUAAAUGG